UCCUUGUGCUGUCCUCGCCGCGUGCACGCGCGUGGUACCCACGGUCGUGAGGAGGAGGAGGAUGUUGCGCGCGAAGGGGAAAUGGCUGCCGAAAACAAGCCGGAAGGACUGAAGAAAAUUCGUAAUCCGGAUGGAAUGUACAGAUCAGCUGUGUGUUAUGCCGGCCAUGCUCCUCCUAAGAGUAUCAGUGAUGACACAGAGAUGAACAAUGAACAUGGACAUUUGAAAAUAUACCUGCCCAAAAAGCUGCUAGAAUGUCUACCAAAAUGCUCGUCGCUGCCAAAGGAGAGACACAGAUGGAACACCAAUGAGGAAAUCGCAGCUUACUUGAUAACGUUUGAAAAGCAUGAGGAAUGGCUAACGACGUCCCCUAAAACAAGGCCACAGAAUGGUUCAAUGAUCUUGUACAACAGGAAGAAGGUGAAGUACAGAAAGGAUGGCUACUGCUGGAAGAAGAGGAAAGAUGGGAAGACUACGCGGGAGGAUCACAUGAAGCUCAAAGUCCAGGGAGUGGAGUGUCUGUAUGGCUGUUACGUCCACUCCUCCAUCAUCCCCACGUUUCACCGCAGGUGCUACUGGCUGCUCCAGAACCCUGACAUCGUGCUCGUCCACUACUUGAAUGUGCCGGCCAUAGAGGACUGUGGGAAACCAUGCGGGCCAAUCCUGUGCUCCAUCAACACAGACAAGAAGGAAUGGGCCAAGUGGACCAAGGAGGAGCUGAUUGGCCAGCUCAAGCCCAUGUUUCAUGGCAUCAAGUGGACUUGUAGCAACGGGAACAGCAGCUCUGGCUUCUCAGUGGAGCAGCUGGUGCAGCAGAUUCUGGACAGCCACCAAACCAAGCCACCUCCCCGGACCCACAACUGCCUCUGCACGGGCACCCUGGGUGCAGGGAGCAGCGUGCAUCACAAGUGCAACAGCGCCAAACACCGCAUCAUCUCCCCCAAGGUGGACCCCCGUGGAGGCUACAGCAGUGGUCACUCUGAGGUCCAGAACAACGACGUGUCUGAGGGCAAGACCGAGCACAGCAGCCAUGGAGGAGGGGGAGGAGGAGGAGGGAAGAGCUCAGGGGGAGGAGGGGGUAGCGCCAGAGAGAAACGCAACGGCAAGGUCCACAAGCCUGUUCUCCUGCACCAGAACAGCACAGAGGUGUCCUCUACCAACCAGGUGGAGGUCCCAGACACCACCCAGAACUCCCCUGUGUCCAUCAGCAGCGGCCUGAACAGCGAUCCAGACAUGGCUGACAGUCCCGUGGUGACGGGCUUGGGCCACGUAGCCGCCGUCAUGUCCCAAAGUGUCUUCAUGUCCGAGGUGACCGGAGACCCCGUCUACAGCAUGUCCCCCACAGGGGGCCCCAACACCCACCUCAUGGGCCCCGACGCUGCCUCCCAGGGCCUGGUGCUGUCCGGUGUUGUGGCAGACAGCCACAAGUUUGCCUUCCCCAGCGGAGGAGUUAGGGAGGUUCCCGGGGUGGCGGGGGGAGCAGACGGUCUGUCCAUGCUGUCUGCAGCCGGGGUGUCUGAAGAGCUGGUCCUAUCCAGCAGUCUGGAUAACGGAGGCAUGAAGAUACCUGAGACCACCAUGAACUUCGACCCUGACUGCUUUCUCAACAACCCCAAGCAGGGCCAAACCUAUGGGGGCAGCAGGCUGAAGGGGGAUGGCAGCUCCUCUUCCUCCUCCUCUUCCUCCAACGGCACCAAUGGCAGCAUGCAGCGCUCUCCCUCCAUGUCAGACUCUGGAUACAGCUUCAACUCUGCUCUGGUGAAGAACAUCAAGACGGAGGACAUGUCCUUUGAGCAACAGCUGGCCACCGAGCAGGGAUACCAGGUGGGGGUGGUGGUGAGCUGUGGAGGAGGUGUGUCUUGUUCCUCUGGGGCAGGUUCAGCACAGGGCUCCCUCGGCCUGACCCCUGCAGGCUCUCUGCUGCCCUCUGGAGGAGGCCUGAGCCCCAGCACUACCCUGGAGCAGAUGGACUUCAGUGCCAUCGAUGCCAAGCAGGACUACUCGUCCGGGGCUGGGACAGUGAGCUAUGGCCAGGCUAUGAACAGCCCCCACCUCUCCCACCAGAGCCACUCGCCCAGCUUCUUCCUCCAGGACACCCAGCAGUCCGGCCAGGCCCAGCAGGGCAGGUCUUCCAUGGGCCAGAAGACUCACUUGAUGGAGCACAACUCCCACGACUCCACAGCCUACAUGAGCCUGCAGGUGGUCAAGACGGACUCCCCUGGCAGCAACGGCCAUCUCCACCACCACCACCAGGGCCAGCACAGGGCCAACUGCAACGGGGGCUCCCCCACCGAGGGGCCAGGGCAGGGGCCUGGGUCUCUCCAGCUCCUGCAGUACCAGGGGGGCUUCCCUGGGUUGGGGCCGGAGCAUGAGGAGGUGGUGGGUCUGGAGCAGCCAGGCAGUGUGAGCUCAGGCCAGGCCGGGGGAACAGAGAACGGAGAGGGUCUACUGAAGCCUGGAGAUCACCUCCAGGCCUGUGGAGGAGGCAACCAAGAGGGGGGAGGUGCAGAGCACUACCUGCAGCAGACCAACGACGGAGGAGGAAGUCAGGGAGGUGGAGGGAAAGGAGUGGCCAUGCACAACGGAAAUGGCGUCAACAAUGACGGCAGCAACCGCUCCCAGCAACAGCAGCAGCUGCAGCCCCUCCUCCAGGGGGCUGGGAUGGUCCAGGGCCUCUACAACACCGUGGGCCCCCACCAGGGCCUGGGCGGAGCGGGCUCUAACGGGGGAGCAGGAGGGGGAGGCAUGGAGAUCAGCCUGGACCACUUCGACAUCUCCUUUGGGAACCAGUUCUCUGACCUUAUCAAUGACUUCAUCUCUGUGGACGGUAGUGGAGCUAACAUGACGGCCGGAGGAGCCCUCUACACCCACCAGCUGGUGGGCAACCACCGCUCAGAUGGCCAGGCCACACCUAGCGGAGCUCCUCAGCAGGACCAGGAGGACGGGGGGGUAGGAGGGGCCCGGGGGGCAGGAUACAGCCCCUCAGAGCUUUGUCUCCAGCCCUGCUGCAGCCCCCAGUCCCUUGGUGGAGGGGCCGGGGGUGCAGGGGUGGAGCCAGGCUCCCUGGCCUACAUGCACGUGGCGGAGGUUGUGUCUGCAGCCGUGGCCCAGGGGGCUCUGGGUAUGCUGCAGGCCACUGGAAGACUCUUCAUCGUCACUGACUACUCCCCUGAGUGGUCCUACCCUGAGGGAGGAGUGAAGGUGCUCAUCACUGGUCCAUGGCAGGAGGCCAGCUCUAACUACAACUGCCUGUUUGACCAGGUCGCUGUCCCUGCCUCUCUCAUCCAGCCGGGGGUGCUGCGCUGCUACUGCCCAGCUCAUGACACUGGGCUGGUGACGCUGCAGGUGACAGCCAGUAACCAGAUCAUCUCUAACUCAGUGGUGUUUGAGUAUAAGGCCCGCGCCCUGCCCUCACUGCCUUCUUCACAACACGACUGGCUCUCACUGGACGAUAACCAGUUCAGAAUGUCCAUCCUGGAGCGCCUGGAGCAGAUGGAGAGACGGAUGGCAGAGAUGGCCUCCCAUCACCAGCAGGGCAGCGGAGGAAGUGCAGGAGCAGGAGGAGGAGCAGGAGGUGGAGGAGGAGGAGGUAGUGGUGGUAACAACAGCCAGACACAGUGUGUGUCGGGGCAGGGUCAGGCGGGCAGCAGCUUUGAGAGCCGUGUGGUGGUGGUGUGUGAGAAGAUGAUGAACCGGGCCUGCUGGGCCAAGUCCAAACACCUGAUCCACUCCAAGACCUUCAGGGGCAUGACCCUGCUCCACCUGGCCGCUGGGCAGGGCUACGCCACCCUCAUCCAGACACUCAUCAAGUGGCGCACCAAGCAUGCAGACAGCAUUGACCUGGAGCUGGAGGUGGACCCACUCAAUGUGGACCACUUCUCCUGCACCCCUCUGAUGUGGGCGUGUGCCCUGGGUCACCUGGAAGCGGCAGUGGUCCUGUAUAAGUGGGACCGACGGGCCCUGGCCAUCCCUGACUCUCUGGGACGCCUGCCCCUGUCCAUCGCCCGCUCCCGCGGCCACACCAAGCUGGCCGAGUGUCUGGAGCAGCUGCAAAGAGAGGAACAGCAGCCCCCUGCACCUCUGCCCCCCACCACGCGCAUGUCCUUCUCCCCCACCCCCCACGAUGCUCCCACCUCAGACAGCUGGAUGGUCACAUGGGCCAGCGAUGGACUGAUGGCGCCCGGCGGAAAGAAAGGCGGUACCGCUACCACCACCACUACCUCCACCACCUCCACCAACCUCAACCCAGACUUGAGAAGGCCGAGAUCCGAGCCCUCCAACUACUACAGCAGUGAGUGCCAGCGAGACCUUCCCUUGGCCAAGAAACACAAGCCCAACCCGGAGCUGUUCCAGGCCAGGCCCGACAAGGCCAUGUCUGUCCCGCUGAGCCUGGAGCAACAGCAGCUCCACAAGCUGUCCUUCAGCACCAAGAGCCCGUCCCCUGAGGGCCUCAGCCCAGACAAAAGUCUCUCGGGUGGGGGAAGCUCUGGAGGAGCAGGGGUAGCCAAGUGGAGCUCUAGGGAGGGUUUCUCCAGCAGGGGCUUAGGCAGAAAGGGUUCAGGGGACUCUGGGGGCAGCAGCCUGGGGAAGGAGAAGCUGGCUAGCAGGCUGAGACAGAGGGAACAGCUGGGGAACAUGCUGGUGAUGGCUGAGAGAGAGAUGGUGGACACUGAGCUGUUUUCCUACAGAGAACACCUGGAGAACCAGGACUGUAUGACGCAGAUGGACGACCUGCAGGACAACAUGAUGACUCUGGCAGAGCAUAUCAUUGAGGCGACCCCAGAGAGAAUCAAGAGGGAGGACUUUGUGGCCCUGGAUGGAGUGCCCCUGGACAGUGCUGGGGUCAGCAACACCAUGAGCUGGUUGGCCAGUUACCUCGGAGACGUGGAGCAGCUUCCCAGCAUCAUACAGCUACGAUCUCUGUACAGUGAUCCUCUGACUCCAUCCUCCAGCCCCAGCCCAGGGGGGUCUCCCCUGAGGGAGGGGUCCAUGGAGAGGCCCACCCUGCCCUCCCCGGCCGACUGGAGCGAGUUCCUCCAGGCCUCUAACAACAAGGUGGAGAGAGACUUGGCCCAGCUCACCCUGUCCGACCCCGAGCAGAGGGAGCUGUACGAGGCCGCCCGUCUUGUCCAAACUGCCUUCCGCAAGUACAAGGGACGCCCAUUCAGAGAGCAACAGGAAGUAGCUGCGGCAGUCAUUCAGCGUUGUUACAAGAAAUACAAACAGCUAACAUGGAUAGCCUUGAAGUAUGCACUUUAUAAGAAGAUGACGCAGGCCGCCAUUCUUAUCCAGAGUAAGUUCCGCAGCUACCAGGAGCAGAAGAAGUUCCAGCAGAGCAGGCGGGCAGCCGUGCUGAUCCAGCAGUACUACCGCGGCUACAAGGAGUUUGGCAGGCUCAGGCUCCACCGGCAAGGAGCCGCCGCUGCCCUGGUGCAACACAAACUCAGAAGUAGUCUGCUUUCUAAGAGGCAGGAUCAGGCUGCCAGGAAGAUCAUGAGGUUUCUCCGCCGCUGCCGCCACAGCCCCUUGAUGGACCAUAGACUGUUCAAGCGGAGUGAACGAAUUGAAAAGGGCCAAGGAACAUGAAAACCUUCAGAAGAGCCCCCUCACAAUGUGACAUCACUCUCCUCCUGACUCUUCCUGUUUUCUUUGUCCCUUUAUACCCAAAACAUUUUUCAAGAGAAGAAGAAAAAAAAACAGUUCAGUGAAAACACUGCGAUUAUUAUUACUACUACUACGACAGCGUGGCUGACUCUACUUCUACUUCUAACAACAGCAUUUUUCACCUUUAUCUUUUCCCUCUGACGUUGUUUAUGUUGGAGAGUGUAGAAUUAGAAACUAAGGGGAAGAAGCUGUGGGGGGCAGAACAUUUGCUUCAUGGCAUUUUUUGCACUUUUUCAUGGAUUGUUUUGUCUUUUUGGGAGUAUCGGAGUCUAGGUUUAAGACGGUAAAGGAAGAGGAAUGCUGGACAUGUCUGAAAAGGUCCCUGUGGAUCAAAGGAAGAGGAUAAGACGCCAAGGAUGGAGGCAGAUGCCGUCCAGAACACAAGGAAACAUGACAGAAGCAGAAACACAUUUGGGACUGGGCUGUAAUUGUAUUUCAUAUUUUUUUAAGUGACUGAUUAUUCCAUUUGAAGAAGAAAAAAAAUGUAACUUAAUGAACCAAAAAAUCUCAGUAAUACAUUGAUCCAUUUGCACACAUACACUCCCUGUCGACAGUUAGAUGAAUACAUUCAGUAUGGUAACUAGUAUGAUAAAUAGAUCAAAAUUACCCUUCCUGUUACGCUGUGCUCUACCCCGCCAGUCAGUCCAAAGGGGUGGGGUUACAUAUGAAUGUAGGAGGGGUGUGAGCAGAAAUGGGUGGGGCUUAUUAAAACAAUGGCUUUUUUUGUUAUCUAGGUUUGGAGGGGUUAUGUACUGUAAGGCAAGGGAUAGGGGGAUUCAAUGGAAUUACAAUUCUUCUUCUUAUUUUUUAUAUUAUUGUUUUAUUCUCUUUUCUAUUCCUCUUUGCUUGAAUCUGUUUUGUGCUCAUGCCCAUGACCGAUUUACAACUGACUUGUCUCUUCAAAACUCUGUGUUGUCGAUUUGAUCAAAUAUGCAUGCCUAUGGGUGAAAAUCUUCACCUGUGUGCUGGAGGUUAGGUCUGUAUUCUCUGAAUUUCAAUGCUUUGCUUUUGUCUUCAUGUUCAAAUGCAACUGAGUGGCCCAUGUACCAACCUAUUCUCCCAAGAGUCAUACCCUCUAGUUCCUGAGAUUAUACCUACAUCCUCAUCUUUCCUUUUUCUGUCGCCUUAUUUCAUUUGUUUCCUCGGUAUUCUAAAAAGAAAAGAAAACUUGACUCUUUUGUGUUGUAAUGAUUACAGUCAUGAAGGUUAUUGUUGUUCUUUUUAAAUGAACUUCAGGGCCUGUGAGGGCUUUUGAGGGGAAGAUCACAUACAUUUUAAAUGAACUUCAGGGCCUGUGAGGGCUUUUGAGGGGAAGAUCACAUACAUUGCCUUGACGUCUUAGAGAUUCUUUGAGGGGUCCCUAAGCUAGUCCCAAAAAAAGGGGUUAGACAAAUCCAUAUUUUUGACAAUUGAGCAGUUUCUGUAUAUAAAGAAGGCUGAAGGUAGGGAAAAACAUUUACCCAAAGGGGAUUGUAUUUUAGAAAUAUAUUAUUUUAUUCAUUAAAAAGGGGUCAAAAACAGGUAUGAGACAAAAACAGAAUAUUUGUAUAGUUUUGUUUGAAUGCCUAAGAAGUAUGGUUGUAUUGUUUGUAUAUAGUGUAAAUACCUGGGACAAAAAUGAGCUAUGUGCAUGAAAAACAUGAACAAAGGUUAAAAAAAACUCAACAAAAGCAGUAGUGGCUAUGCUCUGUAAAAUGAUUAAAAGUAUUUCACUAUAAGAGUAUUUUAUUUUAUUUUGAUUGUUCUUGGGAUAAACAUUUUGCGAAAGCAUGACAUUAUUGCAAAUGCUAAAAACUUUUAAAAAAGAUAACGUAUUUAGAGUUAGGAGAAAUCUGCAAAAUGAUCUUAAGACAAGUAUGUUUAUGUUUACAUUUUUGUUUUGGGCUACCAAGAAUCUUUUGCCAAUGGUGCCAAGUAAUGUGAAUGCUAUAUUGCUUAACAAGAGAAUGAAGUUAAUCUUAGCAGAACAGAUAAUCAUACAAUGAAAUAGACACUAGCAUUAAAGACCACACGGUCCCAUCCCGACUCAAUGAAAUAGACACUAGCAUUAAAGACCACAAGGUCCCAUCCCGACUGGCAGAGGAUCACAGAUAGAGGUACACAUUGUAGAGGGAGAAAUAUUUCUACAGCAACUUUUAAGUCUCUCAUUUCUCUUCUGUUAUCACAUGUCAGAACAACCCAAGCUUUUUUGCCAUCAUCACCAAAUACACAGGGAUCACUGGUCAGUAACAUUUUAAGUGCAAAAAAGCCUACUGUAUGAGAAAGAGGGAUUGCGUUGUUAGUGUGCAUGUUUGUAUGGAUUGUCUUCAUAUAAAGAUUGUAAAUGGCAGCCUUGUCCAUGUGAAUCUCAGCCCUGUUGUUUUUAUUUUUAUAAUUGAGGUUGAUUUAACAUUUGUUUAAUAGGUAGCCUAGUGGUUAGUUCGUUGGGCCAGUAACCGAAAGGUUGCUAGAUGGAAUCCCCGAGCUGACAAGGUAAAAAUCUGUUGUUCUGCCCCUGAAUUUGUUCUUCACUGACUUGCCUAGUUAAAUAAAGGUUAAAUAAAUAAAAUAUAUAUAUUAAAUCAUAAUUUAUUUAAUAGGACAACACACAGGUGAUGAAAUCAUCGAGCUUUGAUUAUUAAAUCAUAAUUUGUUUAAUAGGACAAUGCACAGGCGAUGACAUCAUUGAGCGUUGAUUAUUAAAUCAUUGAGCGUUGAUUAUUAUAUCAUUGAGCUUUGAUUAUUAAAUCAUUGAGCUUUGAUUAUUAAAUCAUUGAUCUUUGAUUAUUAAAUCAUUGAUCUUUGAUUAUUAAAUCAUUGAGCUUUGAUUAUUAAAUCAUUGAUCUUUGAUUAUUAAAUCAUUGAUCUUUGAUUAUUAAAUCAUUGAGCUUUGAUUAUUAAAUCAUUGAGCUUUGAUUAUUAAAUCAUUGAGCUUUCAUUGAGCAUUGAUUAUUAAAUCAUUGAGCUUUGGACCGAGUUUGGGAAACCCUGAAAUAGACUAGAUCAACGUAUCAAACUGCUGACACAAGACAAUACUUUUUGGGCUGGAGGCUUAACUUGACUAAGGCUGUCAGGGUCUGGACAGACCAGAAUUAUUCUUUGUCAGAAUGUAAUGUGGCCACAGUGAACGAGGUACAUGUGUAGCGUCUCUCGGCUGGUAUUCUUUGUAAAAGUAAAUUGGUAAUUUACUUACAGGAGGAACACUUGUUUAAACAAUCUAAGGUGCUAAAAAUAACACAAUUAAACAGUGAUGUAUAGAUUAUAGUGAAACAUAUGACCUAUUAUGGAUCAGCACAGCCAAGUCAAUGAGCAAAAGUGAGGGAUGUAUAAACCUGUAAAUGUGACAAGAUGCACCAGUGGACCGACGUGUUUGAAAGAUUAUGACAUGUGAGUGGUGGGAACAGAAACAUUGAUACCAGUUGAUUUGAUCUGUGAGUCCAUGAUAUAGACUAUACAGUAGUCUGCUGGUUUUUGCAGUUCUGCUGAAAUAUAUUAUAUUCAUAUCAAAACAACCAGGUGGCAUUCAAGUGAUGACGUUCAUUAUUCAAACAAGGUGUGAAUGCCAUUGGACAAUUAUGUGUUGUUGUUUAACUUGCUGAAUUUCGUCUCAGACCCUGUUAUCUGUUCUGUUUUUAAUGAUUAUAUACUGCUGGGUUUAUUUCUCUGUAUGGUUGUGUUUAUUUCACAGAGACUUGAUAUGUAAACCUAUUUUCAGAGUGUUUAUGUAGAAAGUGCCUAAUCAUAUCCCGAUUGAUCGCACAAAGCCAAUGUCAGGAAGCAUGCGAUGUACUGUACCUAAAGGAGAAAAACAUGGCUUUGGAGAGAAAAAGAUCACCUGAAUCCAUCAUACCAUAUAUCAAUCCAAAAACCAUCACUAAAUUCAGUCCGGUGACAGUCUUCCCUUAACCAACUCAGUAUCCCCACGCAAUGCGUUCCGUCUUGUCAACAUUCUCAGCCUUUUUAUUUUCUAUUGGAACUGCCUGUUGAAACCAUGAGAAUUCCAUUCCAUAACUUUUGUGGUUUUAUUGCCUUGCAUUCAUCAUUCAGAUAGUGGUAAGAAUGCCAGCUAAUGCACUGCUGUGGCAAUAUGGGAAGGUUUUAUUAUGCUUGCAUGGGUAAAAUAGUUAACUGGGUGACUGAACUGCACCCAAAGCAUGCUUAUUUUUCUAAAAUCGGUAGUCAGAUAGACUUGUAAAAGACUUACUGUUCUGUAAAGCGAAGAACGUUUGUAUGACGUGUCACAGAACUCUGAAAGAUGGAGGGCAGUUGAUUGGAAGGCAGAGAAGAAUCCUAAAAAUACAAACUAUGAUCAAUCUGCAGUAUUUACUGACCAUGUUUCUUGGGGUAGCAGGAGGGAAAGUUUUUCUAGAAGCAAGUUUUUUUAAAUUCAUUUAUUCAUUUUUAUUCAUUUGGAUCUAAAAAUAGUGUGCUCCCAAACCAACAGUAUACCGCAAGUAUUUUACGAGGCAACAACACACAGACACACACACACACACGCAGGCGACAGUACAUUGCACUGCACACAUCCAGAUAUGUCAGGGCAUAGUCAGUCUCACUUGUACACAGUUCAGCAGAGAGAGCUCAUCAUGUGUUAUUUUCCUAGCCUGCUCCUAGUCCUAGAGAACCGCUCACCUCCCUUCUGUAUUUUACUCAGGGUGCCAAAAUGGGGAGGAGGAAGUGGAGCAGGACAUUGAUGGUGAUUCAGUGUAGAGAGAGGACACACUAUUGAAAUAGUAUACAGUGCUUUCUGGAUAAAACAGGCAAAUUACUACUGAUCCUGGAUGCAUUAUUGAUAUCCAUUUCCUCUCAAGUAAGUAAGGUGAGCUGAGGAGAGACGUAAUGGCACGAUAACAGAACUAGGGGAUCCAAGUAAUUGUAGUAUAGAUAAUUAUAAUUAGGACAAGUUCAUCACAAUUGACCGUAUGGUCAAUUGUUUCUGUCUUGGCUACAACUGACAAAUUAAUUUGUAGGCAUUAUGGGACACUAGGGCUUAAAGUCUUACGUAAAUGCUUACCUUUCUUUUAUAGACUAUGCUUAUGAGUCUAGUAACACUUUAACCUUUGACCUCCUCUGGCUUGAUGGUUCUCAUUAAAAUAAGGACUUGCUGUGUGAAUCUGUGGUUAUGUCAUAACAUCACACACAGCUUCAAAUAGUCUAUAAAGCUAUUCUCAGUUAUACAACAUUUCAUCUCAGUUAAGAUAUGGAUGAUGACAUGAUGUAACAUCUGAAUGAGGUCUUCCUGAGACGUACGUUGGGGUAGUUGAAGAUGAGGUCUUCCUGAGACGUACGUUGGGGUAGUUGAAGAUGAGGUCUUCCUGAGACGUACGUUGGGGUAGUUGAAGAUGAGGUCUUCCUGAGACGUACGUUGGGGUAGUUGAAGAUGAGGUCUUCCUGAGACGUACGUUGGGGUAGUUGAAGAUGACCAGAUCUUAUAGGGACGGUUUCAAAAAAAGCCCUUCAGUUAUGGCCAUCUUCUGGAUGGUAUGACAGGUUAGCUAUAACAGGCACUUCAUAUGGAUUUUAUUACCUUCAUUACACUCUGCUAAUUGACCUGAGGGACUGGAUGGUAUUUCCUCCUCUUCCUUUGUCAAUGCACUCAAACUACUGAAAGGUAGGCACAUCAAGACAACACAGCAGAAACCAUCUCACAACCUUUUCCACUUGUGGACACAGAGCAAUAAGCAUUAUUUUGUGGAGACCUAUAGACCUAGUGAAGAUAAAGAUGAUUGGACACAUGUAGUCGACGUACUCUUAUGCAAAUGCCAGUAUUGCAAGACAAGCAUUCAGUAGUUUAUGGACAGCAAUUAUAUGGCACCCUUUACCGAACUGCACGUUUUCAUCAAUUCCAAACCAAGAAGAAAAAAAUGGCCCUGCUUUAAUACAAAGUCGUGGGUCCUUGACACUUUGCAUGUGAACUAGUGUUAGAGCUAUUUUCCUCUCCUCUAUAACUGUCUUCCUCUCGGUCUUUCCCUGUUAUGUGACCCUCUCUUUCUCUCCUUCCCCUAUUAUUUCACCCACUCCUUAUUUUCGCUUCCCCUAUUGUGUUUUGCUUUCUCUCCUUUUUCUUCCCCCUCUUUCUUGUUUGUAAGUUUUAUUUUUGUAAUUGUGCAUGUACAAGCGUCACUGACUCGAUGGAUAUGUUUAAAAAAAAAGCUGCUGAAGCCAUGCAAAACGUUUUGAAAUGCCCUUAAAAUAUGGAAGAUGUUUUCUGAAUGCUUUAUAUUCUUUCUGCUGUAAAAUAAUAAAAAAAAAUAAAAAAUGAAGAAAACUCUAACAAA